UUGCGAUCGCAACGAGAGUGUGGACUCGUUACACAAACCACCCACACCUUCCCGCAAGUAGGUAUGGCCUCACAACCCGACGCAGACGACCGGGAAAAGGGUCCGGACGUGAGCCUCACAGUCGACGAGCAACCGAGUUAUGCGCAACGGCCGAAAUGCUUCAACUCGACUGUUCAGGAGUGUCUGUUCGUUUUGACGGCUACGAUGGCGAUUGGCCAGCAAUCUUUUUUUCAGGGCUGUAUCGUGGGCGUGACGGCGUCCAUUGGGGCGGAUUUGAAUAUGAAUUCGGCCGAAAUUACGUGGAUUAAUGCCGGUGCCUCAGCUCAAUCACUAAUCAUCCAUGCCUGGGCAUCCAACAGCCUCAGCAGCGGCGCCUUCCUCCUAACAUUCGGCAAACUAGCCGAUAUGUUCGGGCGCAAAGCCCUCUUCAUUAUCGGCAUGGCAGGCUUCACACUUUCCCUGCUAGUCGCCGGCUUCGCCACAAACGCCAUCUACAUGGACGUCUUCUCCGGAAUCUUAGGCCUCUUCGCAGCGGCAGUCGUACCACCCGCUGUCGGCGCACUAGGCGCCGUCUACGAACAGCCGUCUAAACGCAAGAAUCGCGCCUUUGCAUGUUUCAGCGCGGGAAACCCGCUCGGAUUCGUCGGGGGCAUGAUUAUUUCUGGCAUUGCGUCGCAUGAGUAUAACUGGCGGGCGUCGUUUUGGGCGCUUGCGGUUGUUUAUGCGAUUUUUACGGCGUUGACGAUUUGGACGGUGCCGGCGGAUGGAUUUGCGAGGACGCCGGUUAGUUGGGAGGCUGUUCGGAAGUUUGAUCUUUUGGGGACGGGGCUGGUUAUUGUUGGGUUUUCUUUCUUUUCAAGUUCGCUUUCAUUGGCUGGUGAUGCGCCAAAUGGUUGGAAGACGGGAUAUGUGCUUGCUCUUCUCAUUGUGGGCAUUUUUCUACUUGCGUGCUUCUUGUAUUGGCAAUCUAUCGCGAAACAUCCCCUGAUGCCUCUAUGGGUCUGGAAAGAUCGCAAUUUCGCCUUGCUCAUGGCAACCUUCUGUUUCGGCUUCAUGGGCUUCUCGGCCGUCUCAUUCUUCCUCUCCCUCUACCUGCAGGAAGUCAAGCACCUCACAGCCCUCGAUAUCACAGUCCGCCUUCUCCCCAUGGUCGUCAGCGGCGUACUGGUCAACGUAGUCUGUGGCCUGAUUCUGCACCGUGUCAGCAAUAAGCUGCUCACUGGUGUCGGUGCCCUGGCAUACACUGCAUCGUUCCUGAUUUUGAGCUUCAUGAAAGAAGACGCUAUCUACUGGGCGUACAUCUUCCCAGCACUGGUUCUCGUCGUGGUUGGCGCGGAUAUCCAGUUCAACGUUACGAAUAUGUACGUGAUGUCUUCUCUCCCACCGAAUCAGCAGUCCAUUGCUGGCGGUAUCUUCAACACCGUCAGCAAGCUCUGCAACAAUCUUGGACUUGGUAUCGCGACGUCUGUCAGUGCCUCAGUCGCUAGCCAGAUGACCGCUUCGACACCAGCGAUCCAGCCUUACUUGGCAGUAUAUUGGUUUGCUGCUGCUUGUGCCGGUCUAUCGGUGUUUAUGGUGCCGUUCUUGACACUGGGUACUCAGGGUGGGGAUACGGGACCAAAGAGUGAACAAACUGUCGUGGCCUCUGAUAAUGAAGAGGCUGGUGAGAAGAAGCCGGUUGCUGACUCCAUGAUGGGUGCUGAAACUCGCGUUGCGACGCCGGUUAUGGAGCUUGAAAAGUUAUGA